AUGAUUGGCGUAAACGAGCUGUCUCUCCACCCAGGGCACACAGCACCGGCGGCCGGCUUCUCCUGGUUCAUGCCCCCGAUAUUCCCACCCCCGUGGGCAUCGAGCGCCGCGCCGAAGCUGGGCAACCCGCUGCACGCGUUUCUGUCCUUCCAGAACCUGGCGAGUCUGGGCCUCGGGCCAGUGGUCGGCCUCGGCGCCCAGUCCCCGCUCAACCACCACCAACAAACGCACGCAGUGCACGGAAGCGCGAUGGCACACCACCCGCUGAAUUUGGCGGGGCUGCAGAGUUUGCCCCAAAACCUGAGCAGCCGGAAGAAGGACCGGCCGGACGAGGACUCGAACUCGAGCGAGGACGAGGCGAAGAGGCAGCUGCUCACCGCCGAGGUGAUUAGGCUCAAGGCCGAGGACGCGCUGCGUAACGAUAAUUGA